AGAAAUGACGGCGGGGCAAACGUCUGCUAAGCAUACGAUAAUUUCUGCGCACGGACUAGCACAACAAAAGUAGCCAUUCUAGACUUGAGCGUUGGUGUAAAGGUAUCCCCCGCACAGAAGCAGCCGCGGCGCUGCUGGGCCAACGAGACGUGUCGUUCACUCUGUACCUACCGAAUCGGGAAAACAGAUGCAGACGCGCCAAUCAAAUCCAGCUUGCCUGUUGUCGCUCUAUUGAACAACAUCAAUAAAAAUCGCGAUAAAUUUUCUGAAACUGUUCUAUUUGCUACCUCUACCAGUGGACCAUCGAGUUGCACUGAGUAUUCGGGAACACUGGCUGUGAAUCGAAACUAUCAGGCUGUUUAAAAUAGGUAGUUUCUCCGUGGAUUCGCGACUCGGACGACUUCACAUGCAAACUGGAACUUCAUCACGACCUCUAUUGUUACGGCUAUCACUGCUGCUGAUGAUCGUGUUAUUGGCGCUUCAGAAGUCGAUGGAUGAGGGAUGACUCUUGUUAUCGAUCCGGUAGUGUUUUAUUUGAAUGUUGUUGUGCAUCCCGUAUGAAGGACAGAAAAGUGUGAAAUUGAUAUGGAUUUUCCCUCAUAACGAUUAUUGCUAAUCGCUACCAUUGGAUGAAUAACCCUUGGCUCACUGUCGAGACAGUACGCUUGAUCCGUACACUUUUGCAAGAUUUUGCCCCGCUGUGUCCUUCUUCUUGUCAUCUCUGACAUUGUUACUUAUAGUGGACACCUGGAGCCAGUGGACCCUUAGAUGUAUUUGCUACUAUUACUAGUCAUUGAUGUGCAUGUGUUAAGCGUGUGGAGUGCUUUUACCAGAAAAAAACCUCAACUAAAAGUAGUGACCCCAAAUAAAGAGUCGCACAAUCGCUGCGCCACAGAGAAGCGCGGUCGGCUGAUCUCAGCAACUUGUCGUUAAUAUUAUUCUUUCUUCUUUCUUGUGUACUUUAGGACAGCGCAGUAUAGCGUUUCAAAGCACUAACCGUUCUGCUGUGCGAAGCCGACUUUAGAAAGAACGUCUAAGGCUGCAAGGCACAGGCUCGAACCCAGUCAACGCACGAGCCCGCGCUGACCUUAUCGAGCUCUAUUCCUGCUGCACCAUUUGUCUGUGGGUAUCGCUUCUUGUACUUGCAGCUGUCACGAGCUUGUCCGUGAUGCCAGCCUCGAUGCCCCACAUCGAGGAACGACGGGGUCAACAGUACCAUGAAACAGAAGAAGUGCAGGAGAUCUACAUCGAUGAAACUGACCAUGCAACGACCUGUGCAGAAUCUAUGGAGGUAACGCCAGCGCCACAGCCACACCGGCCUCCUACUGAGGCUGCUAUAAGGCAACUUCCUGACUGCUCGACAAUUAACCGACUUCGAAACAGAAGAGAGGCACAACCUAUUCCGGAGCUAGUGCUCAUUUCUACGCUGAAUGGCGAAGUAACCGCGGUUAAUCCUUCAGGGGAGAUUGUCUGGCGGACGCGUACUGGUGACCCACUAUUGGAAACAUCCCUUAAAACGCUCAUCCUCGACGAUGGCCGAGGAGGACAAGCAAGAUAUAUACCUUCACUUGAUGGAUCGCUUUACCGUUUUGAUGGCAAACACGUAGAAGUAGUUGCUGAUGCCGGUAGCCUUCUUUACAGCAGCCUAAAGACGGAUCGUUGGGUGUUCAGCGGGAAACGGGAGACUAAGCAGCUCGGUAUUGAUGCACGUACGGGUGUUGUUCGUUACCUCUGUGAUGCUGAAAGUUGUACGAACGUAACCAAAGAUGAUGCCCAAAGUAACGACGAUCAAAAGGACUCCGCAAAUGCAAGCGGUGUGUCCAAGGACAAACUUAGCGGUGCAUCGAACCAGAGUGCAGGCGCAGUCCUGAUAGUUCGCCGUAAUACACAGACGGUUCGAGCAAUCGAACCACACUCAGGAAAAGAAGAAUGGUAUUUCUCCGUUGGGGAAAACUCGCUUCGGCUUCUUGAGGAUGACACAGUCGGAUGUAACGCUCAGCAUAAACCCAAGCGUCGGGUCACUUUUGGACGGGAGGAUUCCGAUAAUGGACCCUACUAUGAAACGGGUCUCCGUGUUGAAACGAGUACCGGAAGGAUAACCGGGACUCAUGAAACAAGUAACUGGACCUUACAGCUUGGCAGUCCAAUCGUCGGCGCCUGGCAGUUGUCGGUAGACGGCCUUGAAGAGGUGGACCUGUUUGAGCCUGACCGUUUAAUUGGAAUGGAACACGGACCACAGCCAAUUUUCUACGUUGGCGUCUAUCAACAGCAGCUGUACCUUCAACAAAAUCCUCGAUAUAUCAAGACCCAAUUACUUACCAAUCAAUGGUACAAUCAGCAACACGCGUUCGGCGCAAUAGCGGGCGAAAAUAGACCGAUGAUUGACUAUAACCCAGGCGCUGGGGGCGCGGAUCUUACCAUCAACCAACCCGAAGUUUCAGUACUGAUUGACGAUGAAGAGCAGGUGAUCAACGCGCAGACGGCGCUGGUGCCGUUCAGUCCUUGGGAGAUAUUCGAGCGUAUUGAUUCCGACACGGGUUACUAUUUCAUGCAGGAGGAACGAGACGGCGACUGUAAGAAGCCAGUUCUCUUGCCAAGCGUCGUCGAGGCUCAUACUGAUCGAAAUGACGAUGUUAGAGAACAGAGGCAUAGCGAUAACGACGAGUGGCCUGAUGAGAAUCAGGACGACGCGCCGAUCGUGUAUGUCGUCAAUUCUAUCGGAAACUAUUGGAAAGAGAUAGGCAUAAUCUCAGUUAUGCUCUCUGUUGCCGUGAACCUCCUCUUAACCCAAAUUCUGCCAUACGUGUUCAGUCGUAACGGGCAGCCAAUUUCCAAGGCGUCGCCUCAACUGACCCAUUCAUUGUUUGACUCAGCUGAAAUCAAUGCGGAAAGAUCUACAGUGACCCCGUCGACUGCUACAGGUUCGACGUCCAAGACGGUGACACCUUCCGACGAUGGGCAAACGCUAAGCGUAGAAUCUUCCGUGGACUCUAAGGGGUCAGAGUCUAGUGAAUCAUCAAGUACCGUUACUUCCAAUUACGUCUCGCGAUAUGCUACUGAUUUUGUGCCCGUUCGUUGCCUAGGAAAGGGUGGCUUCGGCAUUGUAUUCGAGAGUCGCAAUAAGAUCGAUGACUGUUCCUAUGCUGUCAAACGUAUUCGUCUGCCAGCGAGAAAAGGGGCUCGCGAAAAAGUGCUACGGGAGGUGAAAGCCCUUGCUAAAUUGGAUCAUCAGCACAUUGUUCGGUACUACAAUGCCUGGCUAGAAACGCCACCACCAGGUUGGCAACAGGAAAUGGAUGCGUUUUGGAAGGCUACUUUACUAGAUUGCAAGACCAAUACGCUGUCGAUCGGAACUGAAAUUACUCCGGCAGAUACAGGACCAACUACUGCCAGUAGGUCGACUGAACUGGCAAGUGCCACGGAACAGCGCUAUCAAAAUGGCGGUGACGCUGAUGGCUUACGAAAACGAAUCGACAGCUUCAACCCUCUUCGACCGUUCGACUUCAAUCCAGACGCGUGGCAAGGGUCACGACUAGGACAUGAGGAUAACGUUAAUUCGACCCAGGGGGGCCAUAGCUAUAGCGGCAGCUGGGCCGACGGGGGCGGCAGUUGGGCCGGAGAAGAAUCGCACGACGAUGAGAACGAUUCCUCACUGGAUCGAGGUGCUGACGAGAUGGACCGUAAAAACUUCAUGUCGACUGUCGACGACUCCAUUGUGUUCGCGUCCGACGACAAAACGUCUGCGACAAGGUCCGACGUGGUAGUAACAAACCCACGGAAAAGUAAAACUGAAGAUGAUGAACACUAUUCCCACGAGACAUCUGAUGAGGAGAAGGAAAAUAGUCCCAGGGGCAACGUUUUUCGGUGCAGUAAGAAUAACACUGAAAAGAAAAUGGCGACACGCGAACGGCGAGAUUCGCUUCCCGUUUCUGCUGGAAAAUUCGUCGAAGCGCUUGGGGAAAAGUCCCGAGAACAGAUUUACCUCUACAUUCAGAUCGAGCUAUGUAAGAAAGAAUCACUUAAGGACUGGCUCGCUCAAAAGAAAACAUUAGAUGAGCGUGGACACGACAAGGUUUUGGAGAUCUUCUACCAAAUCAGUUGUGCUGUAGACUACAUUCACGAUAGCGGCCUGAUACACCGUGAUCUCAAACCCUCAAACAUAUUCUUCUCCACGACAGGGGAUGUCGUUAAGGUUGGCGACUUCGGUCUUGUAACAGAGACCGAAGGCAGACUUACCAUCACUUCGAUUCCGGCAGGUACUCCGGGAGCUCAGGGCGACCAACAGCGCAACUCGCUCGAAACUGGUCGUAUGCCCCUUGACGUUCAGUUGACAGAUAAGGUCGGCACUCAACUGUAUAUGAGUCAUGAACAAGUUAUGGGUAGUAAAUACAACCAGAAGAUCGAUAUCUUUGCUUUGGGUCUGAUACUUUUCGAAUUAUUGUGGUCAUUACCCACUCAAAUGGAGCGCGUUUGUACUUUGAGCAAGGUUAAGCAGCUCCGCUUUCCGAAGGGCUUCAAAAAGCAGUUUCGUGAUGAAUAUCAGCUCGUUCGAGCUAUGCUGGCUGCGGAUCCAAACACGAGGCCAAGUGCUCGCGAAGUACUUCGACAUUCGGUGUUUAAUGAAAUCCGUCAAAGUAUUGCCAAGCGCCUACGAUGACGAACUAGCUUGUCACGCAAUAGCCGCAGUAACUGUGAUGGCUGAACGAGCGUGUCGAAGUCAUGAUAUAUAAAAUCAGCAAACGUAAUGAGACUCCAUCUGGUAAACGUUCGGACACACCCCACCGUUGCCACGGUAACAACAACGAGUUGUGCCAGCGUUGAGAAGUACCAGGGCUUCUAAAAUAUGACUGGACAGGGUCCAGAGGACCAUUAUGGGGAGAAUUUAGUAUCCGUGAGAUACGUUAACAAGCUAUGAACAUCCAUAGUAAUAGCGUCUAGCGUCUUUUCCAUCAACCUUGCUCGUGAUGGAGUAACUGCGCCGCUAGCGUAUUCGUAGAAAUGUGUUAAAUGGUUUUUAGGUGAGUGUCGCGUGACCAGUUUAACAGCUCGCUGACAUUGAGACGCUACCAAAAAAUAGAUACGAGAGGACGUGACACCUUAUGGCGUGCGCUUUGAGCGUGUAUAAUAGAGUAAAUUUUUAGUCGUUUGAGGAGGAGAAAGAGCGUGUGCCUUUGUAUGUAUCCUUAUGGUCAGUAGUUCAUAUUUUAAAAACAGUUCCCUGUUGUAAAUCGAUGAUUUAGAUGCAGGGAUUUAUGCAAGAAUCGUGGUCUUGUUUAUUCAGUCUAAAGCGGUACGUCGUAUGUAAGUGGGGUCUAAUGAAUAUACACAAAAUUGAUGCAAAAGUAAAUUCUACCAACGACUCUAUAAUGAUCUAUAUGUUUGAAGCAGGUAAACAGUAAUAAAUGAAGUGUAGAGUUCAUUUGAGCGGGAAGACUUUGCUGAGGCUAUAUAUAUAUAUAUAUAUAUAUAUAUAUAAGGGGUUGGUCGUGCGUAGUGAACGGUGUUGACGCAAUAAACAACGCUACGAGCCAAUAAGUAACUGAUUAGGUCCAUCAUGUGACGAAAGAAUUUCGACCUUUUUUCCAGAAUAGGCUAGUUCAGAAUUGGUUUUCAGCGCGCCAAGUGGUGCGUACGCAGUUCUCAAUAGCUGAUACGUAAGUAUUUAUGCCUAUUAGAUAAACACUAAUAUAAAAUUCGGCUGACGCCAGUCCAUAAGAUUGGGAUAUCUCUAAAUAUGGAUUUUUAUUAAUGUAUGUUCAAACUCAGACGGACUUACCAACAGUUAAUUUUUGAAUUUAUUUUCAAGUUAUUUUAUUCCUAUGGAAGAAUAAUUUCGAAAAGAUGUGACAUACACCGCGCUUUGUAUAUUGACAUAUCGGUAGGCAGAUUCGCUUUACGAGCCAUCAGUGGCAACGCAGAUAUUUGUUACUGUGUAGGUUUUUAUGUUGAUCGUGAAAAAUUUCUAGCUAGCAAUAAUAUAACUAACAAUGGAAUAACUACUUCCAGUUACAAUGCUGUGGAUAUUGUACGGUAAGCAUAUCGUUAACGUAACGAGGGUAUUUUAGAAAGGCGACAAGAGGAUAUACAGGGUACGUUGCUUCAAGGGAUUUUUCUCGUCCUCUUGGGCGAGAAUUUUGGAACCUACAAGACGAAUAGAAUACGGGCGUAAUGGAGGGCGAUCAGUGGUUGUAUAUGAUUGUGGGGUUAAUAAUAACACGUAAAAAUCUCUGUGGAUAGAGUGAGGUGAAAUAAAAACAGUUCCAUAGGGUAAAGAGACAAAAUGAAAAAAAGGAAACAACAAAAGUGUAAAAAGUGGCCCGGGCCAGAUCGAUGUGUUUCCGAAACGGUAGUAGGAUAAAUACCUAUUCAAUGAUCAGCAUAGUCUCUAAAUUAAUUGCAGAAAUCCUAUUGCUCGAGAUGAAUUGUCCACCAGAAAAUUAGAGCAGGCUUUGGUAAAAACAAAAUAUUCGUGACGAGAUCGAACACUUGGGCCAUUGUUGGAACUCGUCGUGCACUAAAGGACGAAAAACGCAAAGAAACCGAGCAGACACAUACGGAAACUUCUCAAAUUGAUACUUCCAAUUUGUAGAGCUGCUGUCGCGGCGUAACUAAUCAAAUUCGGUAUUUUUUGGUCUGAUUUUUUUCUCAGAUAGGCUAUCGCUUCUUAGACGAUGGUUUCACACGCGGAUAAGUAGUACAUAAAUCUAUGCUAGCUGACGCGCCAUAUAAAUCGAAAUAGUUUGAACGGUCAAUACCAUUUCAUCCCAGAUUGAUUGUCCUUUUUUGCGUAGUAAUGCAGGUGGCCACUGCAGCCACGUUAUGUUUUCGAGUUUUAACCGUUGUUGUACGUUCGUGGUUAGCGCUGCGUAGUGUGAGUUUGUUGUACAAGAUACCAGUUCGUAACAGGAAGAUUAGUACAAUAAGUUAAGUUCGAUCAAUAUACGAUCGCGAUCAUAGUGGAAUUACGACGGAUUCACAAAAUUACAUAUAACACUUGUUUUUUUUUUAUUUUAACAGGGUAUCUAUGGUUCAGUAAACUGCUGCUGACUACCUUUAAAAGAGGUAAUGGCAGUCGUAAUAAUAAUAAACGUUUAGUAGUAAGUAAGCAACUUCUGAACGAAAAAAACUUAGUACACGGAUCACGUACAAUUACAACAUCGUUUCACAUUCAAAGGAAUUGGAAUUAAACUUUUUAAGAAGUGGGUUGCUUUGUACUCGUUUAUUAUUAUUUUGUACACUGGUCAUAUGCACUUGUGCUCCAUCGUCGAUCGAGGUUGACUGAACACGUAAUCUUUACCUAAACGCAAUUUAAUAGCGCCGAUUAGGCGAAGACGCUGUGACUAGAAGAAGACUAUGACGGAAAUGUUAACGUUAUUACGAGAAGCUCAAAGGCGACAGCACGACUAAGCCGCUUGGUCAAAAAAAAAGGCUCAAUUCUUGCCCUUGACAUACACGGCACAAUAUGUGUGAUUAAGUGAAGUAGGAUUAAUAAGUCUGUCUGGCAGCAAAUGUGUCAUAGCGGAUCGAUGGAGGGCAGCUGUCAUUACCGAGUAACUGAUAGUGACAAGUCUCAUUCUGGAACUAGUGAAUACGUAGGCCCUUUGGCCAGGAACAUAAAAAAAGUAAUGAAGAAAACGUCAAUUCAGCUGAUGAAGAAAAAAUACAUGUUUUUUAUUUCUUCUCCAACAGUACAGUUCGAUAGGCAUAUCUAUACUUUAAUUCAAGUGUCGGGCUGACACGAAACCCUCACAGCCUAUGGUCAAGUAAAACGUAUCUAUAUUAUUUAAGCUUCCAAUGUGUUUCCAUGUAUUAUAUAUUUUCUCUUUCUAAAACUAAGGAGAAAUUUACAUCUUUGAAUAUUUGCUGACAAUAAACUUACCGAUUCGUACCGGUCUCUUUUUCCAUAUAAUAAGUAAGUUUUUUUUUUUAUCCAGUUUUAGGCUACUGGGCGACGAAGGUAGUUAACGCAUGAAGCUAAACUUCUCUGAUAAACAUGAUCGAGGACAAAGAAGCGUCACCUGAUGUUCGCAAAUAUAUAUAUAUAUAUAUAUAUAUAGUGAUUUAGGCCAUCAUAAGCCAUAUGCGUAUAAUUGUUUACACAAUAUAAACAAAUUCUUAUUUCAUCGAUUAUUCACGUUGAAACACGAUGCAGUUUUUGAUAGGAAAGUACGCUAUGGUGUAAUACCGUUUCGACGUAAAGGCCACAGGUUUUUUUUUGUAAGCUAUUAGAGCGGAAGUGCUGGAGACGUGUUGAGGUUCAAUAGCGUCACAUGAAACGUAUUGUUUUUUGUUGCACGAGAAGACCAUUGUGAGCCAUGGUGUACGUAUUUGGUUCGGUCUCAUGUAAAGCUUAACAUGAAGCCUCUAGUCAAUGACGAGUAGUAAUAAGGUUUAGCAGUUCACCAUUGUACUACUGUUGUAAUGUUUGACUUAUAUGGCAAACGGCGAAGUAAAUAUUACGGGUUUGAUUAUAAAGAAGCUAUCUUGCUAUAAAGAAGUGCUGUUUCCUACCAACUCUAGGGGAUCACUCGAGGAAAGUCGGCACUUUUUUUUUCAACAAUUUAUUUGCGGAAUCGGUUAUUGUUUGAAUUAUUAUAAGUAUAUUCCGGACUUUUUUGGAAGGAAGUAAUAAAAUAGCAGAUAGAUCACUAGACUCUCGUUAAAUGAUAUGAUGAUUAUUUAAAAAAAAGCAAUAUUCUGUGCACUUCGUAAGGUCGUAUCCACUGAGCACUCAAGCCAGUUCUUUCUUGGAUGAAUCGAGAAAAGCUCAAUUUGUGAGCUGAGUAUUCUUGCAAUUCAAUCUGUCCAUAUGUUUUAACAGACCUAUAAUUUUCCUCUUGAUGAAAGACAAGAUAAACAAAAACCAUUCGACCGCUCUAGCCAGGCUAGUAUUAACUGUCGCAUGAAAUUAGUAUUUACGUCAACAUUGACAACGACGAUUCAGCGCCGUAGACAGAAAAACAUCCUUCAGAUCUCGAACAACUUCUGUUCUAUUCAUGAUCUCGUUUUCUUGUAAGUGCAUAGCUCGGGACUAUUUCUUCCCAAAGGCUGGAUCUGGAAGAAAGAAAUGGUCUUGCCUGAUGAUGCCUAGAUACUAGCUCAGAUUUUAUUCGAUGCCUCGUACGCUGAAGAGUUUCGGAAGACUUGAAACAGCACUCUAAACAUCUGCAUUAUUCAUAUUUAAAUAGUGCAGGUGUGCAGGAUCUGUGAAAGACGUACCAUGACUAAUUCACAACCGCUGUUUACGCGUUUACGUAAAUAGAAAGAACAUCCUGUACAGUGGGUUCGAAAGCAACUUGACCCAACCGCUCAACCGUUGCUGUCAAAAGAGAGUAUCUGACUGUAACCCAAUUGAAGCCUCGUCAAACAUUACAAUUUUUAACAUAAUCACUAU